AUGAUCCUCCGAGUUGCCAUUGCUCUGUUGUCGAUAACGCCGCUUGUCCUCGGCGGCCAGAUACCCGUCGUCGAGGGCGUUCUCGGGGGUGUGCCUUCACAUGUUCAGUCCGCAUCUCGCGUUGACUUGGUCAAGACCAAGGCGAAGCUAUCAACGGAGGCGAACACUCCCGGCGCGUUGCGGAUAGUGGAGAAUUCUGGAGUUUGUGAGACGACGAAGGGCGUAUACCAAGCGUCCGGAUACGGCGACCUUACCUCGAAGAACUCCGUGUGGUUUUGGUUCUUUGAAGCCCGUUCCAAUCCCGACACCGCGCCGCUCGCUAUCUGGUUGAAUGGUGGUCCGGGAUCUUCUUCCAUGAUUGGCCUUUUCCAAGAGAACGGCCCCUGUCGCAUCCAAAACGAUACCAAAACUGUCGCGCUCAACCCGUACAGCUGGAAUGAGAAGGCGAACAUGCUCUACAUUGACCAGCCCAUCGGUGUCGGCUUUUCCUAUGGGGACACGACCGUCGGCACCUCUCAAGAAGCCGCUUCCGAUGUCUGGAAGUUCCUUCAGAUCUUCUUCUCCGAUUCGCGCUUCUCGAAGUACGCCAAGAACGAGUUCGCCAUCUGGACAGAGUCCUACGGUGGCCACUACGGCCCGACCUUCGCCGCGUACUUCCUGGACCAGAACAAGGCGAUUGCGAACGGGACCGUCACCGGCACCCCCAUCAACCUGAAGUACCUCGGAGUCGGAGAUGGUCUGACCGAUCCUCUAUCCCAGUACCCGGGUUACAUCAGCUACGCCUCCUCCAACCCGUACCACGCGCUCGUCUCCUCGUCGACUAUCAAGACUGCCAACACGUCGUACUACAAGUCCAACGGCUGCCAGGAUAAGAUCCAAGCCUGCUACGACUCCGGCUCGACGUCGACCUGCUCCUCCGCGCAAUCGUACUGCAACAACAACAUCCUCUCACCGCUCGUGGGCAACUACGAUGUUUACUAUGUGCUCUCCAAAAACCCGGACUCGUACCCUCCCGACAUCACGUCCUACCUCUCUUCGUCCUCGUUGCACACGAAGAUUGGCGCCCAUGCUACGUGGCAGGAGACCAAUGACGACGUGUAUAGCAACUUCGCCUCCACCGGCGAUUGGAUGCACAACUCCCGCCUCGACCUGCAGACGGUGAUCGACUCGGGCGUGCGCACGCUCAUCUACGAUGGAGACGCCGACUACAUCCUUAACUAUAUGGGCGUCGAGGCCAUGGUCAACAACCUCCAAACCCGGUUCACAUCCGAAUUCGCCAAGCAGUCCUUCGCGAACUACACCGUGAACGGCGUCCGGACGGGCGUGUUCAAGAACGCCGGCACGUUCUCGUAUGUGCGCAUCUUCGGGGCCGGCCACGAGGUGCCGGCGUACAAGUACGGGAGCCUGGCGUACGGCCAGGCGGCACUCCAGUUCUUCAGCCAGAUCAUGAGCAACCAGAGCCUGUCUUCGACGUAG